UGUGACUCUGUCUACAUGCAAACGCUCUCCUCAACCACUCAGAAUGACACCAACACCAGCCACCCACCGCCAAGCAAUCGCAGAAAUCCUGUCAUCUCUCUCUACAACGGACACCUUGUCUCAUCUCUCUCUCUCUCUCUCUCUCUCUCUUCAAAUUCUCCAUCUUCCUCAGGUUCGAAAAUGGGGCUGUCAUUCACGAAGCUGUUCAGCCGUCUGUUUGCGAAGAAGGAGAUGCGCAUUCUGAUGGUGGGUCUCGAUGCGGCUGGUAAGACCACCAUUCUCUAUAAGCUCAAGCUCGGCGAGAUCGUCACCACCAUUCCCACCAUUGGAUUCAAUGUGGAGACUGUGGAAUACAAGAACAUCAGCUUUACUGUGUGGGAUGUCGGGGGUCAGGACAAGAUCCGACCUUUGUGGAGGCAUUACUUCCAGAACACACAAGGACUUAUCUUUGUGGUUGAUAGCAACGAUCGUGACCGUGUGGUUGAAGCCAGAGAUGAGCUUCACAGAAUGUUGAAUGAGGAUGAGUUGAGGGAGGCUGUGCUUCUUGUAUUUGCAAACAAGCAAGAUCUUCCAAAUGCCAUGAAUGCUGCUGAAAUAACUGAUAAGCUUGGUCUUCACUCUCUCCGUCAACGCCACUGGUAUAUCCAGAGCACGUGCGCCACUUCUGGUGAAGGACUGUACGAGGGUCUUGACUGGCUCUCAAACAAUAUUGCAAACAAGGCAUAGAUGGCUUGACUUGAAUUUUGUGUAUCGCCGAUUCUGCUGUAAUAUGAAGUUGACAUUGAUCGGUCCUUGGUAUUCUGCAUUUCUCUGCUCUUAAGUACCUGUUUUUACCAUUUUUGUGUUUACUUUUGCAAACAGUUCCUUUUCUUCGACAUGUAGAUGUAGUUAAGAAUAAUUCCUAAAUUCUCAAUUUUUCACCCAGUAUUAGCGUAAUAGCUUUGUUUCCCCUCCAUUGUUUUGUGAAAUGAAAUAGCUGUCAUCUAUCUGUUAAUA